AUGAUUCGCGAUGAUGGACAAAGAUACAGAAAAAUGAAACUCCGCGCUGAAGAUACAACGAACGGCGAGGCAUCGGGAGGCAGUUUAGUGUUCGUUAAAAUGGAGUCUGAUACGGAUCGAAUUUCCGCGAAACAACGCUUGGGCCGAAGUCCUAGUCGAAUGCCAACACAGCUCAUUCAGCCGACUGGAGAUGACGAGUCUGAUUCCGACGAGCCUCUUCUCUCAGGAUCCGGAAAUGUUAGCAAGGACUGCCCUGAAGAGCUGAUGAAGCAGUGGACAGAGUGCAUUGAAGAGUGGAAGAAGAACGAAGGAGGAGAGAAGCCAGAAAUUGUUUCAUCGUUAAUCCUUAACGGUAUCCCCGAUGUUUUACGGGGAGAGGUGUGGAGGAUGCUUGCUAAGGUACCUACUUUCUUAUCAUGUUUCAAUUACGAAGUGUUCUCUUUACGUUUUGCUAAUAACACAUCACUUGUGCAUCUCGAUCCAGAACUUGUCAACACCUACCAUUUACUUCUAGGGAAGGAUUGCCCUUCUGAACAAGUUAUUCUGAGAGAUAUCCACCGAACAUUUCCAGCUCACGAAAAUUUCAAAGAAGCAGGAGGAGAAGGUCAAGAAUCUUUGUACAAAAUCAGCAAGGCUUACUCACUCUACGACGAGGAAGUGUCAUAUUGCCAAGGAUUGUCGUUUCUUGCGGCUAGUCUGCUGCUUCAUAUGAACGAAGAACAAGCAUUCUGUACAUUGGUGAAAAUAAUGUACGACUACCAGUUGCGAGACCUAUUUAAAUUGGGCUUUGACUCACUCCACUUGCGAUUUUAUCAGCUAACCCGACUGCUAAAGGAGUAUGAGAGCAAUUUAGCUGCACAUCUAGAACACAUUGGCGUUGAAACGCAUAUGUAUGCAUCGCAAUGGUUUCUUACCCUUUUUACAGCGAAAUUUCCCCUUCAGAUGGUUUUCUUUAUUGUUGAUCUCUUCUUGAGCGAGGGAAUGAAUACUAUAUUCCAUAUUUCUUUGGCUUUAUUGCACGAUGCUGCUGCAGACUUGAUUCAGUUGGAUUUUGAGGGUGCACUUAAAUAUUUUCGCGUAACGCUGCCUCGCAAGUACCGCACGGAAGCGAAUGCAAAGGCUUUGAUUCAUAGGGCUGUAGAAUUCAAACUAAAACACAAGCGUUUGUUGAAGUACGAAAAGGAAUAUUUGGAAAUGAAGGAAAGAGAACGUGAAAAUGAAGAUCCGCUCGUUAAACUACAGAAAGAGAAUGCUCGAUAUUGUGAGACGAUUCUUCGACUCGAACGCGAAAAUGACGAUUUGGCGCAUGAGCUUGUUACUAGUAAGAUUGAAUUACGACGGAAGUUGGACGCUGUUGAGGAUCAGCUCGAAACAUCAGCGAAUACUAUCGAGCGAGUAACACGGCAAAAUGAGGAUCUUGCAGAAGAAAAUCGUAACUUACAACGAGAAUACAACCAGAUAAAAGAAAUGUAUCGCAAAGAAGUUUCGCGGUUAGAGGAAGAUGCUAAUCGAGCCAGCAAACUUCUAGCUGAAUAUAAGCAAUUGUUUUCUCAAAUGAGCCGAAGAUGUGACGCCGAACGUGAGCAAUUCCAAACUCAAAAACGUGCCAUAAUUUCACGGGUAUCAGCUUGCGAUAAGUGCUGGCCGGCUGUUGAAGAGUGGGAGGCCAAUCGUAGUCCAGCCCGAACUCCCCAAGAUGGACCAGAUCUUCUCUCUCAACUCGAAGAGCGAGAAGCGCAUGUAAAGGCGUUGGAGAUUGAUCUGGCUCAGACAAAACUGGCUCUUGUUGAAGCAGAAUGCAAAAAUCAAGACCUUACUCAUCAGAUGAUGACGCAGAGUGAAAGCGAUGGAAAACGGUUGGUUUGAAC